UCCCAGUCUCCAUGGACGGUCCGGCGCACGGGCUGCACUGAGGUGUGAAUACCGCGGAAACGUGUCCACAGCUUAUCCAGAAGUGAUUUCCCUGCAAAUGGAUUCAAGGUGAAGAGUUUGAGCUUUGAGUUUCAUAAAACCACGAAGAAGAAAAAGAAGUAGAAACAGUAGAAGAAGAAGAGCCGACAGCAGGACUCCAAUGGAUGAAGGAGAAAAAGUGCAACAUGUCAACACAAGAGAGGUCCCUCUUUAUGGACUGGGGCAGCACCAUAUUCAACUGGACUCUGAAACCUCUUGUUCUGAAGAUGCAGAGUUUUAUGUGCUUGUUCAAGGGUCUCGGCUCACUCACGUGACAGCAGCAAAAAUGGGAGAUGAUGGUCAAACAUUGAGCUUUGUGGUUCCAGGCCAUGAUCUUCCAGAAGCUGUGUCUUUUACGCCCUACAGAUUAUCCGAGGAACAUGUUGAGCCUUGUGGAACAGAAUUCUCUUUCCAGUAUGUUAAGGAUGUGGCUCAGGACAUUGCAGAAUACCUCAUUUCAAGCAGUAAUCAGCUUGGGCCCCAGAGUUACCUUCACAUCCAGAAUAUCUUUUGUCAAUCGACCCAGAGUGAUGAAGAGUUUGCUGACAUAAGGGAAGAUUUGAGAUUGUUGGAUGAGAAAAUAACAUGUGCAAUGUCAAACCUUGUUUACCCUCCGGAGUGGACCAAGUCAGACUGGCAGACCUGGCAACAUAAUGAAACCGACUCAGAUCUGCAGAACAGCAAACCACUUCUACACCUUGCUGUACACUUGGGUUUGGUCCAUCUUUCUCAUUUCAUCACUUAUCAACUUAAAAGUCAAAGGCCACUGACUCUAUCCAGUCAGGAUGUGGACGCUCCUCUGAUUGCUCAGAAAAGAGAAGAGCACUCUGCAGACUCAGUUGCAGGUGUGUGGUGCAUGUGGUCCGACAGUUCAAGCAUGCUGAGGUUCUGUCCAGCAACAAACUCUUUAUGUCUCACUGUACAACACUCACUGGGCCAAAGCUCCCAUCAGACCAUCCUUCUGACACUCCGAGAACGCCUGAAGGAUCCUCGUACUCUCAAACUGGUCACUGCAUUUAAAUCCUGCAGUGAAAAUGACCAAAAACAACAUUCAAAUGACAAAGAUUUGAAAAAGAAGUGUGUGGAAGAGACUCAGACAAACAAUGAUUUUGAAGAGCAUCUUGUUCUUUCUGUGGAUGAUGAGAGCUGUGAAGUGUGUCCAUCCUCAUUAUCAGUAAAUAAUCCUCUACAAUUUGAUGGAAAGUACAAUGCAAUGAACAUUCAAAAUGACGACACGUGUGAGGGUGACACUGCUGUUGACAAACUACACAUUUCUGGAGUGACAAGGGACAGCACAAGGACCGACAGUCAGUCAUGGGACAUAGGUGACUCCACUCAAACCCUGAUGGACUGUUCCAAUAUGGAUAAUGUAGAUCUAAGUCCUAGUCUAGUGGCUCUGGAGUUGAACAGUGAGGAUGACAGCACUGAUGCAAUGAAUGACAAUGAUGAAAAGGAUGCGAAAUUGAAAGAUUUUAGUCCAUUUUCUGCAUUAACCUGCAAUCGCAGUCUGUCUGCCUCCUCAUGUGAACACACCUCAAAAGAACCAAAGCAGGAUAUCAGACUGCGCUCCUAUUCAUAUUCCUCCUCCAAAAUCGGUUUCCAUCGAGAUCAGUCCACCAGAGACUUCAGUCCUGAUCACUUGGACAGCGUCAGUUAUGGCCGAUCACUCCUUCAGGCCCUCUCUUUGUCUAAAUCUUUGUCUCUUCUACACCCUUAUAAGCAAAAACCCUGUAUAUCAGAACAGUCACAUCAGAAAAGGGAGGUUAGUUUCCGCAGACGUGCCCAGUCUGCUGAAGAUGAGUGCAGCCUUGAGCUGGUUCAGUCCCUUCAACAUCUCACCCUGUCUGAGUUCCUCAAAGAAAUUGAAGAGGAGGAGCAGGACAAGUAUAACACUCCAGUGAAGGUGGAGUCAGAGAAACAUAAAGUGAUUCGUACAUUCAGUUUUCUUAAGAACAGGAUGUCCACCACACGCAAUAAAUCCAAGGGCAAGAAGGACAGAGAGGCUAAAGACCGGCAACUGAAUGGACACCAGUUUUCCACCGGUCCAUGUUUGGGCUCUACCAUGUGUGUGGUGUGUGACAAACCCGCCACAGGAAAGGCCAUUUUGCAUUGCUCCGUUUGCACUGCCAUUGUUCAUAAAAGCUGUAAGGACUCUAUCCCCCCUUGUUUAAAGACUUUUCAGAAUAAAUAUGCUGUUCCCAUGGCAAAGAAUAAGACAGCAUCUCUCCCACAGAAUUUUACAGUCCGAGAGAGUCUACCUAAUUUUAUCCCUGUUCCAACAUGUUUACUUUUUGACGAUAAAAAAGAUAUUGCAAAACUGCCAGGCAAACUUUUGAGAAGUGCUGAAAGACUUGAGAAUGAACAUUCAGAAUCAGAAUCUGAUAACUCUCAAAUUACCAGCUCAACAGAAGACCCUAUAAUAACUCCAGUGCCAAACACUGACUUCUCCUCAGGUGAAGAUUGUGUAGAUGCAUAUAUUUACAAAGACAUUUUGGUGGAUGCAGCACAUUAUGAGGCUGAGUCCUGGAGUUCUUCUGUAGAUCACAAAUUUUAUAGAAAACAGGACAAAAAAUGUGUCAAGCGACAGGACGUCAUCUAUGAGCUGAUGCAGACGGAGAUCCAUCACCUCCAGACCCUGCAUGUGAUGGCUGAGGUGUUCAGGAGAGGUGUGAAGGAGGAAGUCCAGCUGGAUGCAGAUGCAGUGGAGCGCCUCUUCCCCUGUUUGGACCAGCUGCUGCUUUUCCACCAUGGUUUCUUCUCAGCUAUGAAGGAACGCCGUCAGAACUCACAGUCUCAGGGACAGAACAACUACCUUAUUCAGCGGAUAGGAGAUGUACUGCUACAACAGUUUUCUGAUGAAAAUGGAAAGAGAAUGACUCACUUAUAUGGCGAGUUUUGCAGUCACCAUAUGGAAGCAGUCAGAUUCUUCAAAGAACUUCAGUUAAAUAACAAGAAAUUUCAAAAUUUUAUCAAGCAACAAGGGAAUAAUUACUUGGUACGAAGAAGGGAAAUUCCAGAGUGCAUCUUGCUAGUAACCCAAAGGAUUACUAAAUACCCAGUUUUGCUGGAGAGGAUUUUGCAGUACACUCAAACUGGCACAGAGGAGCAUAGUAAUCUCACAAAAGCACUUGCUCUGAUUCGAGGCCUGAUAGCAGCAGUAGAUCAACGAGUUUGUAAAUAUGAACGGCAGCAAAAGUUACAGGAGGUGUGGACACGGAUGGAAAAUCGUAGUUCAGCUAAACUGAAGAAUGGCCAUACUUUCCGCAAGCAGGACAUGAUGAGGCCUGGACAAACACUAUUACACGAGGGUGUGCUCCUCUGGAAGUCUGCCACGGGACGGCUUAAAGAUGUUUUGGCCCUUCUUCUUACGGAUACAUUAAUAUUCUUACAAGAAAAAGAUCAAAAGUUUGUCUUUGCUGCCGUGGACCAGAAACCUCCAGUCAUUGCACUACAGAAACUAAUAGUGCGAGAAGUGGCCAAUGAGGAGAGAGGAAUGUUUUUGAUCAGUGCUUCCACAGCAGGGCCAGAAAUGUAUGAGGUCCACACAAGCUCCAAAGAUGAACGCAACACCUGGAUGAGACUGAUCCGAGAGGCAGUGGAGAGCUGCCCAGAGGAAGAGCAAGAUUACACAAGUGAAUCAGAAGAGGAGAGACGAGCGGCUGAUGCUCGUUUACAAAAGAUCCAUAGAUUACAAGAAAGUCUUUUAAGCCAUGAUCAGCAGAUUUGCACAAGUUUAGAGGAAAAGCUGCAGAUCUAUGCUGAGCUUUCUGCUGUCGGUGGAAAGAACAACAGCUCCCUUGUUGAGCUAAGAUUGUUGGUUCAACAACACCAGGAAGAUGCGCCACAAGCAGCUUUACUGUUGAGUGCCGCUCUACAAGAAGCUGAAAAGUUGAAAACUAUUCUCUCUGCAAAGACAUAUUCACCACCAGGGGGCAACCUUGAGUCCGAUGUUGAUUCUGUGUUUUCUGUCAGUCCCUCUUCACAUUUGGAGUCUUCCUCAAACUUCACAUAUGUGACUAAUCCUGAGGAAAAUGAGGAGAGCUGGUCCAAAGAAAACUCAGAUUUUCAUUCUUUGAUAGAAAUGCAGAAAAAGGAAAUAGAUUCAAAGGUUUCUCAAAGUGUUCUAAGUCUGACACAGUUACUCUACAGUCUCAAGGCUGCAGUGACCCUUCAGGACAGCUGGUACGAAGUCCAGAGGCUGUUGGCAUCAGAAACUGAGCGACCAUCACCUCGUCUGCAGCCCCGCCCCCACUUCACCAGUCUCCGGGGAAACACACUACAAGAACAGGAGAAACAGAGAAACUUGGAGAAACGAAAAGAAGAAGUGGCCACUACUCAGAAACUUCAGGAUCAACUACGGCAGGAAAAAGAGCGAUGGGAACGAGAGUGCCAAACAAGAGAGAACCAACACGAGGAGUUACAGAGGCGGCUACAAGAGAGGGAGAAACAGUGCCACCUAGAGGCAGAAAGGCUGAAACGUGAGAGAGAAGAGUUGGAUGCACAGUUGGAGGAGUACCAGCAGAGCUUAGAGAGGCUCAGAGAAGGCCAAAAGACUGUGGAGAAGGAACGUGAACGUCUGGAGACCCAGAACAAGAGGCUCCAGGUCUGGAGACACAGUCAGCAGAGAGACACUGAGAUGCCACACAUGGUCAUAGCAUUAGACACACAUCAGCCCGCAGACCCUAAUGAUAAUAGCUCUGUAUUUGUGAAUGAGGCCAAUACCAUCAUAAACAACCGCCAUGUCCGCCACAGAGAAAAUGACCCCUCUACGCAUAACUGCCUCAACGCCCUGCUGGCCCGGUCCAACAGCAGACGACCCCCCAGUGCUCUGAGCACACCCCACCCAGAGUCAGACAGCCCGACCUGGAUGAUGAGCCCUCAAUACUUCUACUCCCCUACAGGAGGCCAGGGGAACGGCCACACACCCACUGAUCACAGAGAAGGCUCCAUCAGAGAGGCUUGGUCAUCCACAGCUGGCUCUUGCUUCAUGCUUCCACAUCACAGCGACCCUCUGGACCUGUUUUCCACUGAGGCAGACAGCAAUGGAGAGGAGCCCAAAGAGGAGACCAUUGUGUACCUCUAAAGAAGGACAAACAUCUAAGCACUUACAGAUGCAAGGUUAGAUUUUUGUAAAUUCAAAGUUUCAUUUGUACAUUUGUGUUAUAAAAAUCACAAGGUUUUGAAUCAUUUUCAGUGAAAUACUCAGUUGACUAAUUGUAUUAAAUGAUACUGUUGUAUAUAUUCAAACAUUUCCUUUUGUUUCUCCAUUGUGUAUUUAACAUCGUUCCUGC